UUUCACUCAACCAAGUCAUUCGGCGCGAACUUUUGCCUCGACUACAUUGCGGUCCUCAGAACCAUUAAAACGUACUAAAUAAAAAAAAAAGUGUAAGCUAAAAACAAGGUAUACAACAAAUAAACUGAGAACAUGAAGCCCACCAACAAUUCGACGCUGGAAGUCGUCUCCCCAAAAGUGAAGCUGGAUGAUGAAUUUAUUACCACCGACUACGAUUACCAGACGUCGCAUGUGAAGCGCUCUGCCGAUGGACAAUUACAGGUGCACCCCCAGACGACGGCGCUGAAGAUACGGACGGGUCGCCAAGUGCCCAAGCUGGGCGUGAUGCUGGUGGGAUGGGGCGGGAACAACGGCUCCACGCUGACCGCCGCCCUGGAGGCCAAUCGGCGCCAGCUGAAGUGGCGCAAGCGGACGGGCAUCCAGGAGGCCAAUUGGUACGGAUCCAUCACCCAGGCCUCCACCGUGUUCAUUGGAUCCGAUGAGUCGGGUGGCGACGUCUACGUCCCCAUGAAGGAGCUGCUGCCCAUGGUGGAGCCCGACAACAUAGUCAUCGAUGGCUGGGACAUCAGCGGUCUGCACCUGGGCGACGCCAUGCGCCGUGCCGAGGUCCUGGACGUGGCCCUGCAGGACCAGAUUUACGACCAGCUGGCCCUAAAGCGGCCACGGCCCUCCAUUUACGAUCCGGACUUCAUCGCGGCCAACCAGUCGGACCGGGCCGACAACGUCAUCCGUGGAACUCGGCUGGAGCAGUACGAGCAGAUCCGGAAGGACAUCCGCGACUUCCGCGAGAGCAGUGGCGUCGAGUCGGUCAUCGUCCUGUGGACCGCCAACACCGAGCGCUUCUCCAACGUCCAGGCGGGACUGAACACCACCAGCCAGGAGCUCCUCGCCGCCCUGAAGGCCAACCACUCCGAGGUGUCGCCGUCCACGAUCUUCGCGAUGGCUAGCAUUGCUGAGGGGUGCACCUACAUAAACGGGUCGCCGCAGAACACCUUUGUGCCCGGUCUCAUCCAACUGGCCGAGGAGAAGCAGGUCUUCAUUGCCGGCGAUGACUUUAAGUCCGGCCAGACAAAGAUCAAGAGCGUGCUGGUGGACUUCCUGGUGGGAGCUGGUAUCAAGCCAGUGUCCAUCGCCAGUUACAAUCACCUGGGCAACAACGACGGAAAGAACCUUUCCGCUCCCCAGCAGUUCCGCUCCAAGGAGAUUUCCAAGAGCAACGUCGUGGAUGACAUGGUGGCCUCCAACAAGUUGCUGUACGGUCCCGACGAGCACCCCGACCACGUGGUGGUCAUCAAGUACGUGCCCUACGUCGGCGACAGCAAGCGGGCCAUGGACGAGUACACGUCCGAGAUCAUGAUGGGUGGCCACAACACCCUGGUCAUCCACAACACGUGCGAGGACUCUCUGUUGGCCACGCCCCUAAUCCUGGACCUGGUGAUCCUCGGGGAGCUGAGCACGCGCAUCCAGCUGCGCAGCGCAGAUAACGCAUCCGCCCCGUGGGUUCCCUUCAAGCCGGUCCUCUCCCUGCUGAGCUACCUGUGCAAGGCGCCACUGGUGCCGCAGGGCUCCCAGGUGGUGAACUCCCUCUUCCGGCAGCGCGCCGCCAUCGAGAACAUCCUGCGCGGUUGCAUCGGCCUGCCGCCCAUUUCCCACAUGACGUUGGAGCAGAGGUUUGACUUCGCCACCAUCACGAAUGAGCCGCCCAUGAAGAGGGCAAAGGUCUUGGGCCAAGCCUGCGCCGUGGACUCUGCCGCCAAUGGCAAGAAGCUCCAUGCCAAUGGACACACCAACGGCUCCGCCAAACUGUCCACCAACGGAAACGGCUACUGAUGCAUGACUUUUGAAGGCAAUGGGUUUCACAUCGGAAUUAUAUAACUUGCAUAUAUAUAUGAUUUUAAUUGGAUAAAUUACAAACUAGACUUAAGCUACUAUUACUAACUAACCCGAUUAAAUAUAAAAGGCCUGACGGACUGUUGCUCUGUACCACAAA